CCUGGGGGUGGUAAUCUGAUCAGUUCUCUUUGACAUUAUGGUCUUAACAGCAUGUGGGUGUCGAGUGGGCGUUCGGGCGCACAGGGAAUUCGUUGUUUACGGUUCGGAGUAGCGAGACGUCUGGGACGGAAGGCGGGCUUGUAGUGCGAUGCGACUGAGUGCGGCGCGCCCGUAGUCCGUGUCAUGUGGCGGCGCCCACGCGCUGAUCAUUCGAAAUAUCCUUUCAUGACAGUGUUUUGUGGCUCGAGCGUCGGUGCUCGCUUCCCGUGCUCGGGGAGAUCAGUGAGAUCAAGAUAAGAUAUCGAUUCUUUGCUUUGAUUUGCUAUUUAAAACACUUAUUGUGAAAAGAUGCUGAGUGUUGUUGUCCAAUCUUCCAACAGAAAAAAAGUGAAUAUGUGAAAGUGAAUCAUGUCAAUGAGUGUCAUAAAAGGAUACAUAUAAUCAGCAAUUUUACUCCUAAUUUGAUAAUACGGAGUCGUACGUGUUCGGGGAAUCGAAACUACCAAGUUCCUCGACUGCGCUUGCAAGGAAAAGCAAGCCAUGAGUGACCCGGCGGGGGGUCCUAACCUGAAGGACCUUAUGAAAAGACUCCGACAGAUCGUCCCGAACGAUCUGUCUGGAAGUCAAGAUACACCGAGAGAUUCCGCGGUCGCAGGAUCAAGGGAGGCAAACCCUCAGGAUGUAGCCUUACCGCCAUGCUCGGCGCCCUGCGAUAAGAGCGCGUUGGAUGUCGGCGCUGAGCCCAAGGGAACCGCAGGAGGGGAAGGGCUCAAGGGGGGCACGCACGAGCUGAGCCCUCCCAGCGGCAACACGAAGGAAAGCGGUCCCGACGACCCACUCGAGAGGGAUGAGGAAGACCUCAUAACGGAAUUCCGCUGCGAGAUUGAGAACAAACACAACACCCUCUUGGGGAAGAUGCAACUCCUUAGGGAAGCCCUGGCCAAGCAACUCCAGAAAACAGAUGAGCGUGAAGAUGUACAGAAGAAAACCUUUGCCAAAUGGAUCAACAGUCAGUUGGCCAAAGGGCAGCAUCCGCCUGUCACAGAUCUCUUUUACGACCUGCGGGAUGGCACACGCCUGCUGGCACUCCUGGAGGUGCUCACGAACAAAACUUAUAAACGUGAAAAGGGGCGCAUGCGGGUACACCACUUAAAUAAUGUCAGCAGAGCACUCUCUAUUCUGGAAGAGCAUAAUGUGAAGCUUAUAAAUAUAUCAAAUGAACACAUUGUGGAUGGUUCUGCAAAGCUCACACUGGGACUGGUGUGGGCUAUUAUCCUUCACUGGCAGGUCCAAGGUGUCUUGAAGGAUGUCAUGUCAGACCUACAGCAGACAAAUCUAGAAAAGACUCUGUUGGCAUGGUGUAGACAAACAACUAAGGGCUAUCAUGGAGUUGAUGUAAGAAACUUCACAACUUCAUGGACUGAUGGCCUGGCCUUCAAUGCCCUCAUUCAUAGCCAUCGCCCUCAGCUAUUUGACUGGACAGUAAUGGCUCGGAAACACCCAUAUGCUCGGCUAGAAAAUGCUUUUAGACUUGCAAAUGAACACUUUAACAUUGAAAGACUUCUAGAUCCAGAAGAUGUCAAUUCCCAAGUUCCUGACAAGAAAUCUAUCAUGAUGUAUGUGAUGUGCCUGUUCCAAGCACUUCCUCAUGGCUCUUUCACAAUGGAGAGCCUAGAUGUGUCAAUACAGUCUGAUUCUUCUUUCUCUCUUGAUACAAGCAGUGAAAAUGUUGCGCAGGCUACCAGUAAAGGUAGGCCACUGUCAAACGUAAGCAUUGGCCUAGGGGAAUACCAGCGCACGUUAGAAGAAGUUUUGACCUGGCUCCUGGGUGCUGAAGACAGACUGGCAGUUAUGCCUCCCAUAGCCAAUUCUACAGAAGAAGUUAAGGACCAGUUCCAUGACCUAGAGGAACUCAUGUUGGAGCUAACUUCAAAGCAGGGAGGUAUUGGAGAUGUCCUAGGAGAGGGAUCAAGGCUCUUAAAAGAAGGAGUAAUGGAAGAAGAGGAAGAGGAAGAAGUCCGAGUGCAGAUGAAGCUCCUCAACACUAGAUGGGAGGAUCUAAGAGUCAAGGCAAUGGAUCGACAGUCAAGGCUCCAUGAGAAGUUAAUGACCCUUCAGCAAACACAGUUAGAGAGUCUAAAGAAGUGGCUUACUGAAACUGAGGAUCGUAUCGCCAAUAUGAGCCAGGUUGGACCAACAACAGAUCUGCUAAGAGAACAAAUUGCAGCUCACCAAAGUCUUCAAGAAGACCUGGAAAGUGAACAAGCUAACAUCAACUCCCUCUCCAACAUGGUGGUUGUUGUUGAUGAGAGUAGCUCAGACAGUGCUUAUUCAUCAUUGGAAGAUGAAUUGAAUGCCUUGGGAGAGAGAUGGGCCCAUAUCUGCAGAUGGGCUGAAUCACGCUGGAAAACUUUGCAGACAUUAUCUGUUCACUGGACACAUUAUGAACAAGAAAUGAACAAAAUGGGAGAGUGGAUGAAUGAAAAAGAAUCAUUAUUACGUGAGGUAGAAAGUAACCCAUCGUCAGAUCAGGAGCACAUCCUUCGUCAAGCUAGCAUGCUCCAGAUUCUGCAAGCAGAGAUGGAAGUACAACAUCGCCGGUUUGAACAUUUGCAAGAAGAGAGUGCCAAAGUUUUAAGCCAUUUACCACAGGACUCACCUGGCCAGGAAAAAAUCCCAUCUGAGAUAGAAAUGAUCCAAGAUCGCUUAGACUGCCUCGUCAGUAUCAUUGAAGCUCAGACACAGAGAAUGGCAGCUAAUGGUAUUGACAUUAAGAAAAUUGUCAUUCCUGCGGAUAAUACAAGUGACAUAGUGAGCUCAAGUACUACUACUAUCUCUCAUGAAGAUGCUACAGUGGUCACCAAGAUCAUAACCACCAAAAUUGUCACAACUGAGACAGUUGAAGGUAGUGUAAUUAAACGCCAGAAGCUGGAAGGUGGCAGCCAAGAGGACUUUUCUGUGGCUCUCCAUCAACUGGGUGGAUGGAUGGACUCUUUAGAAGCAGAGGUUAGGCCCAAGGUUGCAGGAGAAUUGACCAUAGAACAGCUAAUGCAGCUUGCUCAGCAGCUUGAAAAUGAGAUUGAGGGUCAAAAAGAAGAGUAUUAUAAGGUAGUAAGCCUUGGCCAAUCUGCUAUAUCAGAAACAUCAACUAUUGGUGAAUCUGCCAAAGAAAGUGAACAACAGGUUGCAGGAAUUACAAGUCGCUGGGAAGCUCUGAAUGCAAUGCUUAUUGAAAUCAGAACUCGCAUAACCUUCCUGACAGAGAAGAAGAAAGUGACAACACAACUCAGCGACCUAGAUGUACAAUAUGAGGGAUUCCUCAGAUGGUGUGAAGAUGUGCGCACAGUAAGCGAGAAUGAGCCUAAUGCUGUCUCCCUUCAGAUUGAGCAGUGCCAGAGUAAGAUUGCAGCCAUGGAGAGUCAUGAAUCAGAGAUUGGUGCUCUAAAGGUAGCAUGUGAAACACUGGAUAGCAACUUUGCACAGGAGACACAACCAGUGAUGGAACAAGUUCAGAUUUUUAUCACCAAGUGGGAAGCUCUUAAAAUAAGGCUUGUUGAAUGGAAUGUAACUCUAAAAGAAAGGCUUGGACAAGUUUCUCCAUCACCAAUGGUCGUUGAAACUGUGCAGACUGCUCCACCAGAGUCACUUGUUAAGGCUAUGGAAGCUUCUAGGAAAUGGCUGGAAAGUCUUGAAACUGCCCUUGCUACUGAACAUGUUGUGUCCAGUUUGCCCCAGAUGCAGGACAUGCUCUUGAAGUUCCAGGACUUGUCACAAAAAGUUGAAAUGGAGCAAGGCAACAUGAAACACAUAAAUGAUGCAUGCAGUGCCCUUAUUAAAGAAGGCCAAAUAGGGAUCUCAGAUGACUUUACAAAGCUGAAUAAACAGUGGGAGACGACAACUGAAGCGCUCGAGUCACGCAUCAAGGCUAUUGAAAAAGUGAUUGAGAAGCAGAAGCAGUACAACGAUGAAGUGUCUGGAUUGUGCUCAUGGAUGUCAGAAGUUGAUGUUUUCCUCCAGGCAGAGGAGCCAGCCCUUGGAGAUAUAGAGACAUUAGAAGCACAAUUAGAGCAAUCUAAUGCUCUCCAGGAUGAUAUUGUAACACUGGAGAAUAAUGUAGCAAAUAUCACAAGCUCUGGCAAGCAGUUGAUGGAAGAGGCUGAACCAGAGCUAAAAGGAUCCAUUUCAGUCCAACUAGAUGAACUUACCAAGCGCUGGGCAUUAGUAACUGAGCUUGCAAAGGCUCAGAACAAGAGUUUGAAAGAUGCUUUAGCUAAGAGUCAGAAGGUCCAUGAAGACAUUCAAGCAUUAAAUACUUGGCUGGAUGAAAUGGACCAAAAAGUCCCUGCUUUUGGUCCAAUAGAGACAUCAUCAGAACUAAGUGCAGCAAUUGAUUUGUUCAGUAAAUUACGUGAAGAAAUAAGUGAACACAGUGAAGAGUUCAGGGGUGUAAAUAACACCGGCAAUGAGAUGCUGCAGCAUGAUGCUGCUGCCACCCAUGAAGAGCUUGCCCGUCAGUUCACACAGCUGAAUGGUAGAUGGACAGAUGUUGUAACUCAAGUGGAUUCUCGUCACAGGGUCUUAUCUACAGCUUCAGAACAGUAUGAUGACUUUAAGAAGCUGUGUGGUGAGGAAACAGAAUGGCUCAACCAGUUGCAGGAAAAGCUUGAGAAAUCAUCAAAGUCUGCAGCAGAUGCAGAAGAGAUAUCAGAGGCUUUAGAUGAUCUUGAGAUCUUCCUGCAUAGCCACAAUGAAAGUCGACUAGAGCAAAUACGCAAUCUUGCUGAAGCUCUUGUUCAGGAGAAUUGCAUGUCUGUAGCUGUCCAGAAUGCCACCCACACCCUCACUUCACGUUUUGAUACCCUGAAUGCCCAGGCAAGUGAGCAUCAAUCUGGGCUAGAAGGCCGUGUACAAGAGGCACAAGCUUGGGAACGAGAAUAUGUCAGUGUUCUAGAUUAUCUUGUCCAGUCAGACAUGGUCCUUACCCAAGCAAUUACUGAUUCUCAACUACGAAUUGACCCAGUGCAGGUUCAGGCAGAACUUGUAAAGCAACAAGAGGUACUAAAGAAAAUGCAAACACAAGUAGAUGUGUAUCGUACACAAGGUAAAACAGAAGCUGCACUUCGUCUAGAAGAUCAGGUCACACACCUCCUGAAAAAGUAUGAGGAGGUAGAGAUGAAAUUGCGGUUGUGCCAAAAACCAAGUGACUUUGAUGAUCGACUGCAACAGAUGAAUCAGGAAUUGAAAGAUAUUAGCCAGAGAGUUCACCUUGUGACUGUAACUUCUGGAGACCCUGAUGGGAUCCAGGAACAGCUAAACCAGUGCAUGGCAUUAUAUCAGAGACUGAGUGAAGUGAAAGCAGAAGUAGAAAGUGUCAUAGCAACUGGACGCAAGAUAGUGAAGGAAGGACAGGCUCUAGAUCCUGAAACUCUUACACUUCAGCUUGACCAGUUGAAAGGCCUUUAUAAUCAGCUUGGUGGCACUGUAACAGAACACAGAGGUGUACUGGAAAGAGCACUUCGUCACAGUCGCAAGAUUCAUAAGGACUCCUCCCACCUUGAGGAAUGGCUAAGCACCACUGAGUGUGAAUUAGAUCAGCGUGAGGCUACGAUUCCCACUAGAAAUGUAGAGGGAGAAGUUCACUUUGCUCAACAUGCCAUUGACGACUUAGGGCGUAAGAGGCCCUUGCUGACAGGGCUGCAUGAAUCCUAUGCUGCCCUUGCCUCAAUGUGUGAUGAUGAUGCCUUGCUACAGCCCAUUAAAGAGCAGGUUGAUGACAUUGCUCUAACAUGGGAACGAGUGAACACUAGACUUGCCAACAGGCUCAAGAACAUGCAGAGUGAGCAAGUAAACAAGGAAGCAGAAAUGGAGAAGUUUAUUGUGGGACUUGGAGAAAUUAAAGGAUGGCUACAGAGCACUGAAUAUCAGCUGACAAACCUAAGCUCAGUGGAUGCUGAUGAACAGGCUAGAAUUAUUAAGUCCAUUUCUACUGAAGUCCAGAAUUACAAGGGACAUAUUGAAAAUAUCCGGGACACUGCUGUGGACCUCAUUAACCAUGGAGCGCUGUUCCAAGCACGUGUACAGCCAGAACUAAUUGAGAUAAAUCAGAGGUGGGAAAACAUCUUUAAAAAUGUUCAGCAGUGCUCUCAAGACAUACAGGGGACAAGCCUUACUUCAGUUACCCUGACAGCUGAGACACAAGGGUCCAGACCAUCUCCUAGCCAAACCGACACUACCACUACCACCAACUUUUCCACCAUUACCACUUCUGAUGUACACGAAACCUCUGUUACUACUAGUUUAACUUCCACAACUACACAACUCAUUCAUACCAUGGGAACAACACAAGUGAGUGAUGAAUUAAUGGUGCAUGUACAUCAACAAGAUGAUGCCUCAACACCCGUCCAAUCAAGCUGGGCUGGUGACAAUAUCUCAAAAAAUGAGGAGCAAGAGAAAGGUGCUUCCCUUAGAAGUAUUGGUCUUGUAAAGAGUGUGAUGUCUACAGGUACCACACUUACCUCUCCAGUCAUAGGUGAUAGUGAAACAAUGGAUGGUGUUACUGAAUCAGAAAUAAUUCAUUCUGUUGAAGGAAAGCCAGUCGGUGAACUUUUAGACACUUGCAGGGAAUUUGAUGAGAAUGAUGUGCCUAUUCCUGGACUUAAGACUGUUGAUGUGUCUGAUUCAGUGGAAAUGUUCUCAUCAGCAGAUAGUGCCAGGUGGGGAGAAUCUUCUCUUGUUGAUAGUGUUAUCAAAGUUGAACCGAAAGAGAAUCAAACAGCAGAUGAAGAUCAUACUCUGACACUUGUAACAAACACUGUCACCAAAAAAGUAGACAAGUCAUCAUCUGAGAUGGAAGGAAUUGAUACAGAAACUGUCAAGUAUGUCUUGGAUGAGCAGCCAUCUGAUGAUACAGAACAGAAAAAGAUGAGUCUUGUUGAAGUGGAGGAAGUAAAAAUGACAAUAUCCCAUCUCUCCUUUAACAUUGCUGGGACACCUUCAGAGAAGAAAGUUGACAAAUUGGAGGCUGGCAUUCUUGUCUGUGGUAGUUCAGAAGAAUCACCAAUUGACUCAUCAUUAGAAAUAUCUCCCACAGCAGAAUAUCCUCCAAACAGCCUCCUUUCGAGUGACCUUUCUUCUCGGGAUUCUCCUGGAAAAGACCGAAAGAGGAAGAUCACAGAAAAUGAUGAUGACCUAGAUAAUUUUGAUGAACUCAUUGCAGGUCUUAAAGAAGUUGCAGAAAAGGAUAUUACUCUAUCAACAGUUGAAAAAAAUAGGAGGAGAAGUGCAGAGAAGGAGCUUGAUCAGGAUUUAAGUGGUGAUGAAAGGUUCUCUCUCCUCAAGAUCAGGAGGCGAGAUGAUGAUGACUUAGAGUCUUUAGCCUCAGUUGAUACUGACAUGGCUCCUGCAUCUGAGACAAGUAGAGAUUUUGAGGGCACUUUCUCUGAUCUUGAAUCAGUGACUGAGAGUGUGUCCUCCAAAGGAGACAAUUUAUUUGCACCUAUGGGAGCUCAUGGCCUUACUAUUCUAGACACUUCUAGGAAUGAGGAAGUAAGUACUGUAGAGUUUAUUUCUCAGCAGACACAAGUAGUUACAAGUGAAGCUGUUACACAUGCAUAUAUUAGUAGUUCACAACAGCUAGUUUCUCCAGAAAGUAAAGAAUCUUUAUCUGAUAUUAUCAGUGCUAAAAUCAGUAGCAUAUCAAGUGAUGUAAUUUCUGAAAAUAAGCAGUCUGGGACUGAAAAGGAAGUCAGUGAGAAAGAUGUUGAUGGUGAAGAAGAAAGUUAUGCUCAGAAAGAUUAUGAGCAGCUUCCUGUUGAGAAACUGCAAGCUAUGAUUGCUGAGCUUGAAGAAGUUAUGAGUGAUGCAGAAUUAAGUGAUACUGAAGAUGAAGAAGAUCCACAAAAGAGAAAUGAACUACCUGCAGAGAAAAUGGAUGUUUCUGAAAGCAUUCAGAGAUCCAAACCAGAACAGCUGCUUAGUAAAGAUGUGGAUAUGAAAGAUGAUGUAGCAACUGAGGCAAUGAAAGAUAUUUUAGCACCAGAUAUUGUCAAAACAAAUAUUGAGCUUUCAAGAGAUGAGAAAGAUGAACCCAUAACAGAUUUGUCAGUAGUCAAAGAACCUUCUUUAUCUAAAGAUGAAGCAAAGUGUGAAGCAGACCCAAUUGAAUUUAGAGUACAAGAAGUUCAUGUUGGUGAUGUUGAAUUUGCCCAGGCAAAAGGUUUGUUUGAAAAAGAUCCUGGGACUCUUGAAACACCUGCAAGUGUAGUUAAAAUUACUACUCCUCUUCAUGAUGAUGUAAGCAAUGAGACUUCAUCUAUGACAUCCACAAAUGAGACUACAAAGAUGAGUAUUGAUAAAGACAAAUCAGUACAGAAGGUUUCUGUGCAGAGUUCCCAAGUAGUACAUGGGAUAACUUAUGUAAGUUCCACAGAAGAUCGGCUUCCAGAGGCUGAGGAAGCAGUCCUGGUAACACUAAUUUCAAGAAGCUUAGUAAAGAUACCCAAUGAAUUUAGAGUACAAGAAGUUCAUGUUGGUGAUGUUGAAUUUGCCCAGGCAAAAGGUUUGUUUGAAAAAGAUCCUGGGACUCUUGAAACACCUGCAAGUGUAGUUAAAAUUACUACUCCUCUUCAUGAUGAUGUAAGCAAUGAGACUUCAUCUAUGACAUCCACAAAUGAGACUACAAAGAUGAGUAUUGAUAAAGACAAAUCAGUACAGAAGGUUUCUGUGCAGAGUUCCCAAGUAGUACAUGGGAUAACUUAUGUAAGUUCCACAGAAGAUCGGCUUCCAGAGGCUGAGGAAGCAGUCCUGGUAACACUAAUUUCAAGACCAAGUUCUGCUGAGGUGAUGACUACAGAUACUGAGUAUACAGAAGGGAAGGCAUUAAUGGAGCUUGUUGAAGAGGAAGGAAGUGAGGCAGAUGUGGUGGUCCCUGAUACAGAAAAGAGCCAGGAAGGCACAUCUGAUAUUCAGGGAACUGUUGAAAGUUUGUCAGCAACCUCAAGCAGUUCUUCAGAUGAAGAUGACUCAAACAAGAAGGAAAGAAGACCGACAGUUAUUGAAUGUCCCAGUUUCUCGGUAGCCUUACAAGAGGGAGAUGCUGAGAAUGAUAAAAAGGUAAAAUGUGAAGACAUAGAAGACACUGUAAGCAUUCAUUCACAAAAUGAGGAAGAUGAAAUAUCUAGUGUUGAGGCAGAACAUCAGUUAAUGGAAACUGAUACAAGUAAUCGUGAAAAAAUUGAGGCAUGUAGAGCAGAUGUUGAGCCUGUCGUAAGUGUUAGGGAGACAGGAGACAGGUCUGAGUUUGAGAAAGACAUUGUAAUUAAAAAAAGGAAAAGGUUUGGAAAGCUAUAUGAAGAAGUGGAUAAUGAUAUAAAGGAAAUGACCAGUGAAGCAAAACUUACUAAAAGCAAAGAUAGUGCAAGCAGCACAUCAUUUGUUGCUUCCAAAGAGGAGAAAGUUACCCCAGAAGAAUUAGAAAAAGUAAUGAGGAAGAGGGGACUACUUACAAGGAAGGCUCUUUAUGAAAACUGGGAAUCUAUAAGCUCCUGUUCAAGUGGAAAUGAAAGUAAAAGAGGGUCUUCAACUGAGGGUUCAAUAGAUUUUGGAUCAGAGACUCGUGCAGCCGUGUCUGGGGAUUGGGACGAUGCUCCAGUUCUGACUGACUCAAACUUGCAAAAUCCUUCAGUUGAGUCAAAAUCUGUUCCUGUUGAAUCCAUCCCAGAAGAAGAAGCUGCCAUUGAUCCCAGAAAGGACGAGCUGCGAUUUAGUUUUGUUAGUUCAAGCAGUAUUGAAAUAGACAGGGAUGAGGUUUUUACUAGUGAAAUGGAGAUGGAUUUCCAGGAUGUUGAUGCUUUAGCAGAAGUUGCAGAAAUAGACUCCCCUUCAUCUGAUGAAAGUGAUGAUCUAGAGGAGCCUUCAAAAGUAAGGAUCUCAGCUGCCACCAUUUAUGAAGAUGCAGUCAUCCAGGCUUUAGAAGGAGGAAAUGAAAGAGGAACUAGAAAGAGAAAGAAAAUAAAUGUUAAUCCUCAUAUUGACAAAGUAGAGGCGGUGAAGAAUGAAUCUCAGACUAGUGGUGAUAACCGAGCUUCAGUCUGUUCCUUUUCUGACCAAUUAUCAGAAGAAAACAUUGACCCCAAAAAUGUUGUCACUGAAAGUACAGCUGGAUUUGAAGAAAAGGAAAAAGAAACAACAGAAAAAGCACCUCAACCUGAAGAAAGUUCUAAAAGUCUAUUAACCAUGCAUGAAUCUCCCAAAAUAAGAGAUGGGGAAGCUCUUCUUGCAUCAGAAGGUAAACAUGAAGGAGAAGAAAGUGUACAUAAAACACAGCCAAAUGAAGGAGAAGUGCUUGAGAUUAUCUAUGAAGUGGUUACUGUGACUCGAACAAAAGAACCAAAGGCACAAACUGUUAUUGAACGAGUAAUCAUAGAACCAGAAGAAACAGUUAGUGAGACAGAAUCUGAUACAGAAGAAACUUUAAAAACCAGAAUGGAGCCUAAGGGACAUUUGCCAGCAGAUGAAAAGCAUUCUAAAUCAAGUAAUGAAUACCUAAGAAGUACUAUAGAUGCUUUAUCUGUGUCUGCAAGUGCAACUGCAAAAGAUUCUGAUGUAGAGACAGACAGAGAUGUAAUAGAUGCAGAUGCAAAAGCAAAAAUACAUUUAUCUCCAUCUUCAUCUCAAGCAUUGAGAGGAGAACCUAAAUGUAGAGAUUCUCAAGAUGGUGAGAAACAGAUGGCAUGUGUUGUACAAACGACAACAAAUAUUACUCAUACUUUACCACCUAUAAAUGAAGAUGUACCAAACAUUUCUAAACCAGCUUGUGAAGUUUCCCGUGAAAUAUUGCAGGGUGAAGGUGAUAAAAUAGAUGUAGAUGUAAUGAUAUCAGAAUUAGCUUCUGAAAAUUCUCUGAAUAAAGUAAUUCCUCAGUAUACAAGUAGUGUGCGAGAUGAGAAAGAGACUUUUGAAAUAGCUGUUGAAAGUCAAAUGAAUUCAUCCAUUGGAUUAAGUCUUGUGUCAGUUGAAGUAGAAGAAGUGUUUAACAAGGCAGAUGUAUCAGAAACUUCAACAGAUGAAAGCAAGCAGUAUAGAAUAAAGGAAGAUCAUGAAGGAUCUCCUGAAUGUUCCACGAGAAGUGGAACAGUUAUGGAUGAAGCAAGCAAAGUUUUGCUGGUAGUUUCAAAGCCAGAACAUUAUGUUCAGAAAGACCCUGAAACUAUGGAAGAUUUUUCUGGAAUAGAAGAGACUGUAGACAAAGCAGUUUCUCAUUCUUUUAUGGAUAAGCAUAAAACAGAAAAUAUUCCUAAAGGAGUUCAUGCACAUUAUAAACAAGGAACAGAUAAUAAAUCUCUAGCCUCUGUUAUUACUGGAAGAAAUGAAGAAGGGUCUAUUAAUCCAGUUGUUGAUGAUAUAUCUGACAAUUUGACAGCAGAAACUUUUGAAGAUGAUGUUAAAAACUCAAGCCAUAGUCCCUCAGGAAGUGAUAGUGAAGACAGUUUAAAGGAAUUUGGAAAGGAAGAUGAUAUUCAGAAAGGACAACUUACAAGAAGACUCUCAGCAUCAAGUAGUAGUUCAUCAAACAGCAGUUUUGAGAUGGUAGAAUGUGAGCCAGAGGUUGACUUAGAAGAACAAUUGUCAUCCCAUGAAAGCUAUGAAGAAGCAGAAAUUGAGGAUAAAGAGGACCUUGUAGAGAGUGAUGAAAGCCUUGAUAAAAUGAAAGAAUGCACAACCAUAGGAGAGGCUGUGCACCCAGAGAUUGCAAGUGUCUCUCUUGAAAUCAAAUUAGAAAGGCAUGUUAGUAUUGAUAGUUCUGUGUCUACAUUGUCAGAAGCAGAAACAGUAAUUCAUGUUCCAAUAGGAAGUCUGCCCAAGAAGAUAUCUGAGACAGCAUCAGUGAAAGAUGAUAGUCAAAUUGGAGUGAAGAGUGGAGAAGCCAAGGAUCCAUUAGUAAGAUCAGUAUCUGAAGAAUUGAUUACAAAGACUGGAAACCAAGGUGGAAUAAAGCAAAUAGGUAAAUCACCUACUGUUCCUGAAGCUGUUGAGAGUGGAAAAGAAGACCUAAAGGAAGAUGAAGACAGAGAUGAAAUAGAUGCAGAUGCAAAAGCAAAAAUACAUUUAUCUCCAUCUUCAUCUCAAGCAUUGAGAGGAGAACCUAAAUGUAGAGAUUCUCAAGAUGGUGAGAAACAGAUGGCAUGUGUUGUACAAACGACAACAAAUAUUACUCAUACUUUACCACCUAUAAAUGAAGAUGUACCAAACAUUUCUAAACCAGCUUGUGAAGUUUCCCGUGAAAUAUUGCAGGGUGAAGGUGAUAAAAUAGAUGUAGAUGUAAUGAUAUCAGAAUUAGCUUCUGAAAAUUCUCUGAAUAAAGUAAUUCCUCAGUAUACAAGUAGUGUGCGAGAUGAGAAAGAGACUUUUGAAAUAGCUGUUGAAAGUCAAAUGAAUUCAUCCAUUGGAUUAAGUCUUGUGUCAGUUGAAGUAGAAGAAGUGUUUAACAAGGCAGAUGUAUCAGAAACUUCAACAGAUGAAAGCAAGCAGUAUAGAAUAAAGGAAGAUCAUGAAGGAUCUCCUGAAUGUUCCACGAGAAGUGGAACAGUUAUGGAUGAAGCAAGUAAAGUUUUGCUGGUAGUUUCAAAGCCAGAACAAUAUGUUCAGAAAGACCCUGAAACUAUGGAAGAUUUUUCUGGAAUAGAAGAGACUGUAGACAAAGCAGUUUCUCAUUCUUUUAUGGAUAAACAUAAAACAGAAAAUAUUCCUAAAGGAGUUCAUGCAUAUUAUAAACAAGGAACAGAUGAUAAAUCUCCAGCCUCUGUUAUUACUGGAAGAAAUGAAGAAGGGUCUAUCAAUCCAGUUGUUGAUGAUAUAUCUGACAAUUUGACAGCAGAAACUUUUGAAGAUGAUGUUAAAAACUCAAGCCAUAGUCCCUCAGGAAGUGAUAGUGAAGACAGUUUAAAGGAAUUUGGAAAGGAAGAUGAUAUUCAGAAAGGACAACUUACAAGAAGACUCUCAGCAUCAAGUAGUAGUUCAUCAAACAGCAGUUUUGAGAUGGUAGAAUGUGAGCCAGAGGUUGACUUAGAAGAACAAUUGUCAUCCCAUGAAAGCUAUGAAGAAGCAGAAAUUGAGGAUAAAGAGGACCUUGUAGAGAGUGAUGAAAGCCUUGAUAAAAUGAAAGAAUGCACAACCAUAGGAGAGGCUGUGCACCCAGAGAUUGCAAGUGUCUCUCUUGAAAUCAAAUUAGAAAGGCAUGUUAGUAUUGAUAGUUCUGUGUCUACAUUGUCAGAAGCAGAAACAGUAAUUCAUGUUCCAAUAGGAAGUCUGCCCAAGAAGAUAUCUGAGACAGCAUCAGUGAAAGAUGAUAGUCAAAUUGGAGUGAAGAGUGGAGAAGCCAAGGAUCCAUUAGUAAGAUCAGUAUCUGAAGAAUUGAUUACAAAGACUGGAAACCAAGGUGGAAUAAAGCAAAUAGGUAAAUCACCUACUGUUCCUGAAGCUGUUGAGAGUGGAAAAGAAGACCUAAAGGAAGAUGAAGACAGAGAUGACACUGGAUAUCAAAAGGCAGAAGUAGUCACAACUGGAAUAAAAUUAGAUGAUGACAUGAAAGGCUGUCCUGUGGAAAUAAUUUCAAGUGUGCCAAUCAGACAUGAGUAUUAUCCUGUUGAAAGCUGCACAGUCAGUACUUUGCCAGUUAACAUUUCUAAACAUGAUAUAGAGGAAAAAAAAUACAGUGAUUCUGUGGUUUUAAUGAAUCCAGGAUUUUUGAUGGUGGAACCUUCAUGUAUUGUAGAAGAGGAGAAUAUUGAAAAUACAGAUAUGGAUAAAUCUGGUUAUGUGAAUAUUAUAAAAGACAAGAAAAAAGAGGAUCCAGGUUAUACAUUUUCUAGUAAAGCAGAAGAGAAGUCACCACUUAAUGUCUCAAGACCAGAUGACACUGUUAAAGAAGUUCCACUUGUCCAUGAGGAAGGAUGGACUGAAAUUAAAAUACUGAAUGUGGACGAAAAAGAUCAGGUCAAUUUAGAGAGAAGGGUAAGUGUGGACGUUGCUCAAGUUGUUCAGACUACGGAAGUUAGUGAAGAGCAGGAGGUUACAAUAUCAAUUCCAGAUAUUCAUUCAGAAGAUUUAAGGGAUGAUAGUUCUGUUCAGUCAGAUGAAGAACAAGCAGGCAAAGUUUGUAAACUAAAAGAAGACAACCCAGACUGUAUUCCUAAACAGAUUUCAGAGGAAGGGCAUUUUAUUGUUCUUCAGCAUCAUGUUGAAACUAGAAAGUUACCAGCAGAUUCUCCAGCUAAGACUGAAGUGCCACUUGAUGUGUGCAAGUAUGAUGGUGUAGAAGCAAAAGCUGAUGAUAAUAUCAGUGAUAUUAUUGGUGAAGAAGAGACAAGUAUUUCAUUUAGUCAUGGUAGAAUUACCAGUAGUAUAUCAGAUGAUGCAGAAAAAGUUAGUCUGGGAAUGACACACAAAAAUGAUGAAAAGGAGGAACAUUCUUAUAGCCAUUAUGAGUUGAAAGAUAUUGGUUUUGUUGUGAUAGAAGAGCAUUCUGACUCAAAGUAUGCCAAUUUAGAAAACAAGGAGCAUAAAGACCUCAAAGAAAAAGAAAGCUCUAGCUCAUGUAAUACUUCAAACUCAAACAGCUCCAGUCCAUACUAUGAUGCCUCAGGAGAAAUGGUGGAAUCUCUUGGUUCAGAUGAAGUCUCAUCUUCUAUGGAAGUUUUGCAUUCAUCAGCAGAAAUUCUAGAUGCUUCACAGGCUAAUUGGUCCUCUAUGACUGAUCAGACAAUGCCAUCACUUGAUGGCCAAGGCCAUGAUGAGGGUAGUGAUAAGUCAGUACCUCUGAGGGAGAUAAGAAAAGGCCCAUUAACAUGGUCAGGGCAAAGGGAUUCCCGAUUUAGUACCAUAAGCUGCUGUACAGAUGCAAGUGAGGGAGAGUUAAUCUUCAGUGAGACAGAGGGAGAAGAAUUACCCUAUGAGGACACAACUGAUGAUGAUCUAACUCUAGAGGAGGAAGCCAUAAAAGUCCUGGCUGAGAAACAUGAAGCUGGUGGGACUCCCAAACCUGCUGCAGUAAGUUUUACGAAAGACAUUUCAAGACAACAGACCCAAACUUCUUCUAGCACUGUUACAUCAGUGUCAAAAAUCAGCCAUGUGUACACAACUCAGAGUGCAGUUAAGGGUGGGAAGGAAACACAUAAGGCUGGUGAUGAUGAGGUGGAUGCUUAUCUGCGAGAAGUUACCUUAUUGGCGGAUAAGAUCACAGAACUCAAGAAAAAAGCAGGCACAGUGCCAUCUUAUCAAGAAGCAAAAGACAAGUCUGAGGCACUUGAGCAGGAGGUAGCGUUGCUGGAACCUGAUGUAGCUACAGUCAUAUCCCGUGGUGACACUCUCACCCUCACAACUCACAUGGUGGAUGUGCCAAGAGCCAACACCAUUCGCACUGCUGUCCACGACUUACGUACACACUGGUCUUCCCUUAAGGGUAAAACAGAGACUGUUAAGCUAGAAACAGAAGAAGUAAUCACUAAAAUCAACAAUAUACAGUCGAAGUCGGAUGAUAUUGUUGGUUGGAUGAAUGAUGUUUCUAAAAGGCUUCAUCUUGUGAACAAUGAUGAAAGUCAGCUUGAGGCUCUGGAAAAAGAAAUGGCAGACAAAAAGUCAGAAUUAGAUAAGGUUAAUGAAAGUGGUGAACUGCUGAAGAAGUAUGGCUAUGAACAAAUCCAGCCAUUAUUGGCAGUCAUCAACACCCGAUGGAUAGAACUGACCACUCAGUUUAGUCAAUACCGUAAAGUCAGCCUGGAGAAGAAAACAAUUGUUUCUUCAAAAGCCCAACAGGAAGUGGAACCAGUAGUAGUACCUGAUUUUAUUGCAAGCGUCAAUCGCUUGAGGGAAGCAAUUUCAGCAAUAUCCCGGCAGCUGAAUGCCAAUAAACUUGCUGGUCGGCGUUAUGACAACCUAAAACUUCAAGAAGAGGAACUUAAAACAAUAAAGCAAGGUUUGGAGACUCUGAAGCCAAGGGUUGAUAAUCUUGAAACAGAGCGUAAUAAUACCAUAAAGAAUGUAACUCAAACUCAGUCUGAGCAAAUACGACGAGUAAUGGACAAGCUGAGAGAGGAAUGGGCUCAGGUGAACAGAGGCUACACAGAAAGACAUGCUUUGUGGCUGCAGUGUUCCGAGACAUGGCGCACUCUUCAGAAGACUAUUGAUGAUUUUUCUGUGUGGCUGAGUACCAUUGAGGAAAGAGUCCAAAUCACUGCCAACCAACCUCUACCAGAAGCUAAGAUUACCCAAAAGGAACUUGAAAAGCAAGUUACAUUAAAACACCGGCCAAGCCAGACUCUUCAGUCAACCUGCAAGGAAGUGACUGAGGACAUGAGUCUUGAUGAUGCUAAACGUCUGCAGGAACGUGUGGACACCCUUAUGAAGCGCUGGCGUGCUCUGUUGCUGGAUCUUGCUGCUCGGCGAGAAAGAAUUGCUGGAGAGGAAGGUGGCAAAGACAGCACAAGCUCAGAAUAUGAAGCCUUGUUAGUAUGGGUUGACCAGGCCCAAGCACUUAUGGAUGCACCAGUAAAUGUCACUGAUGAAGCAACUCUCUCUGCACAUUCCACUAUGAUUCAGAACCAUUUUGUGGAAAUGACUACAAAACAAAAUCUGCUAAAGAAACUGAAAGAUUCCAAGCCUAAAGCUGUUACACCAGCCCAGCUAACAACUCUAGAAACUAAUCUGAAUAAGGUGGCAAAGACCUUACCAGAGUACAAGAACUUGAUAGAAACCAAAUUAGGUGUGACCAAGACUCUUGUUACUGAUGUUGAGGACCUGUACAAGUGGACCGAAGAAAUGAGGGUGAAAGUAGCCCUCCGAAACAUGACUGAUGAGGAGAUCAAACUUUCAAAGAUCACUCUCAGAGAAAAGGAAACACUGUAUGAGAAUCUGGAUUCGACUUAUUGGGUCUUGGCACAGGAUACUGAGAGCAAGGGGCUCACAGUGUCUGUUGCUCUUAAGAACCGCAUGAACACGAUUGAGUCCCGACUGAAGGCGCUGCAGGGGCAGCUGUACGAGAGCUCCGCCUCUGCCACGCCGCCUUCGCCCACCUCCCCGGCCUUCUCGCGCAUCACGCCCGAGAAGGCCGACCAGGAGAAGGUGGUCGGGGAGAAGGAUGCCAGGACGGCGUCCGAAGAGGGGGAGGUGCUGGAGAAGGCGGCGGCGGCGGCCGUCGCGGCAAGCAAAACGACCCCCGAGGUAGUGACGACCACUUCGACGAAGACGACCGCAACGAAAGGCAAGGUCGAGAAGACGGAGGCCUUGUCGGUGACUUCAGGCACAACUGUGACCUCAAGUGUGACUUCCGUCAUACAGAAUGUCAUCAAGUUUGAGGAGAGUGUGUUUGGCGCUGAGGGGGCGUUGCGCCCGCCCUCCCCUCUCGUGUGCCCGCCGAAACACGCUCCUGACUCGUCCCCGGUGCUCAUCCUCGCCUCCCUGGACAAGAGCAUCCUUCAGAUUCGUGACUGGCUGACCCUUAUGGAGCAAAUGACUCGUCAGCAGACAGUGAUAGUCGGCGAUGCUGACGACAUUCGGCAACUGACUGAGAAACAGAAGGUGAGUACAUCGGGCGUAUUAUAUUCUCAGACGGAGGUGCUAGAUCUCGCCGAGGAUAACGCGAAACGGAAGAACAGAGAAGAAUACGGAGGCAUUGAAAAAUCGAGAAAAAAACGCGGAUGGGAGAGGCAUAAGUUAGGAAUAGUCCCCGACAAUGUGGCAAUCGACUUUAUUAAAUUUACACGUCGCUUUGUGUGGUGCGCUUGUGUUGUGAAGGAUAUGCGUGCUCUCAGGGCACAAGAGAACCACGUGGAUAUCGGCAGAGGCUCGCCCUCCCUUCCUUCCCCUCGUCCACCUCCCCCGCUCAAGCCCUCUCAGCUGGUGUAA